UACCUACUCCCGGCAUAUUGCUAAUGGCGGGUAUUUGUAUGAACCAUAGCUAGCUACGUAUUUUAAGCUAUUGUUGGCUAGCUAAAUGUUUACAUUGAUAUAGGUAAAACAGGGGGUUUCAAAUGAAUAGUCUCUGUGAGCUUUGAAGCAACUCCGAGGAUAAACUAAGCGAAGGACUUGAAAUAGAGGACCGUUAUGGGACAUCAACUGUUACCAUGUGCACAAUGUCUGUUAACUAACGUUAACGAAAGUGACACAAACGGAGCAGGAAGACGGCGUGUUUGAAAUAGCUUGAUGUUAAUUCACCUCAACGUCUUUCUCAGAGCCACGACUUCAAAACUACUGCACAAAUAACCUUAGUUAGGUAACUUAAUGGGACGGAGGAAGUUUAACUAGUACAGAACCUUAGCGUUCAUUAAUUCGACCGUUAGGUUCGCUGACAAUAAAUGUCCGCUCUCUCAUGAAACGGAAAUGACUUCGUUAAAAUUAUCAGUGUUGGCAUUGCCGUUAUUUAUAAUUGUCAUUCAAGUUAACGGUUCCUCGAAACUAAAUAUUCCCAAAGUGUUGCUACCGCUUGCUAGAAGUACACGAAUUAACUUCACAUUGGAAACUACUGAAGGUUGCUACAGAUGGUCUUCCACCAGACCAGAGGUAGCAAGCAUCCAGGCUGUGAAUGAGGAGAGUGGCAGUGGCUGCUCCCGGAGAGCUGUUCUCCAGGCUCUCUCCACCCAGCCCUCCAGACUGACCAGCAUCAUUCUGGCUGAAGAUGUUGUUACAGGACAGGUACUGCGUUGUGACGCCAUUGUCGACAUUGUCAGCGAGAUCCAGAUAGUGUCGACCACCAGAGAGCUACAUCUUGAGGACUCACCACUGGCACUCAAAAUUCAAGCACUGGACUCUGAAGGAAACACCUUCAGCACCCUUGCAGGUCUAGUUUUUGACUGGACCUUAGUGAAAGAUGUAGAUGUGAAUGGAUUCUCUGACUCUUACAAUUCAUUACGGGUACUAAAAUUCUCAGAAUCCACCUACACACCCCCUGGAUACAUAUCUGAAAUGGAACGAGUUGGGAAACAGGGUGAUAUUAUUUUGGUUUCAGGACUGAAAACAGGACAUGCUAAACUAAAGGCCAAAAUACAAGAGUCGUUGUAUAAGGAUGUGGGUGCUGCAGAGGUAAGACUGCUGAUUUUAGAGAACAUUCUGCUGAGUCCUGCACAUGACGUUUACUUGCUGGCGGGAACUUCCAUCCAAUACAAAGUCUUGAAGAUAAGACAGGGCUCCAUCACAGAGCUCUCUAUGCCUUGUGAUCAGUAUCAACUACACCUUCAGAACAGUGUGAUUGGCACUAAUGGAAACCCAAAUGUUGCUGUGGCCAGUCUGGAUCAAAGCACUUCCAGAGUUACAGCAACUCAACUUGGAUACAUCAACGUGGUGCUGGAUCAUAAGAGCCUUCGAAUGCAAGGAGUAUCUCGCCUACCCAACAGCACACUGUAUGUGGUUGAACCAGGCUACCUAGGUUUUAAAAUUCAUCCAGGAGACAGCUGGGUUCUCGAAACAGGCAGAGUAUACGAUAUCCUCAUCGAAGUCUUUGAUAAAUCCAGCAACAAAAUUUACCUCUCCGAUAAUGUCCGUAUUGGCACUGGUUUCCCCCUGGAGUACUUUGAACUCCUGGAGUCUUCUCUGAAUGGAUCAUAUCAUCGUGUCAAAGCACUCAAGGAAGGCCUAACUCUCAUUGAUGCUACCCUGAAAGCUGUUGUAGAUGAAAAUGGAAGGGUCCAUGCACUCGCCAACCCAGUCCACAAUGAACAGGAUGUAGAAAUCUAUAACCCUAUAGUUCUUAGUCCCAGUAUUCUGACAUUUCCAUGGCAGCCCAAGGUUGGAGCUUAUCAGUACACAAUAAAGGCGACAGGGGGUAGCGGAAAUUUCAGUUGGUCAUCCUCCAACACAGCUGUGGCCACAGUGACUGUGAAAGGAGUGAUGACAACAGUCAGUGACAUUGGCGUCAGUGUAAUUUAUGCUCAUGAUCUACGCAACCCACUACACUUUGGCCAGAUGAAGGUGUAUGUUGUUGAGCCUGUGGCCAUGGACUUUGCUCCUUGCCCAGUAGAGGCCAGGGUGGGCCUGGUUCUCGAUCUGCCCCUCAGGAUUUUUGGCCUCCUGGAGGAGGCGGAGAAACAGCGGGUCAUGCUGAGUGACUGCUCCCACUUUGACCUACAGGUUGAGCAGGAGAACCAUGGCGUCUUCCAACUACUAGACGGGAGGCUGGUUCCAGGCCAGGAGCACUGCAGUGGGGUGAGAGCCAAGGCCCUGGCCACUGGGUACACCAUACUAACUGUGAGCUACACCCACGGCAACGUUCACCUCAGUGCCAAGAUCACCAUCGCUGCCUAUCUUCCUCUUAGAGCGAUUGACCCUGUAUCUGUGGCCGUGGUGACUCUGGGCUCGUCAAAAGACAUGUUGUUUGAGGGCGGGCCACGACCUUGGGUUUUAGAGCCCUCUAAGUUCUUCUGCAACUUGAGCGCUGAGGAUGAGGCCAGUGUUCGCCUAACGCUGACCAGUCCCUCAUCUCACAACUAUAACCAGCACUGGGUCAGAGCAACCUGCAGGGCCCUGGGAGAGCAGGUGCUGGAGGUGAUGGUGGGUAACAAGGCCAGUGUGACCAAUCCUUAUCCUGCUGUGGAGCCGGCAGUGGUCAAGUUUGUAUGUGCCCCUCCGUCUCGCCUCACCCUGGUCCCAGUGUAUACCAGCCCACAGCUGGACCUGACCUGCCCGCUUCUGCAGCAGAACAAACAAGUGGUACCUGUUUCCAAUUACCACAAUCCCAUUUUGGAUUUGGCUGCUUUUGAUCAACAAGGAAGGAAGUUUGACAACUUCAGCUCUCUGAGCAUAUUGUGGGAAUCUACCAUGGUGUCACUGGCCAGUAUUGAACCCACUAUGCCCAUGGAGCUACAGCUGUUCCAGGAUGGCAACAAACAGAUGAAACUUCACGGACGGCAGACAGUUCUUGUCCAUCAUCAAACAGGCAUUGCUGCCAUCACAGUGACAGCUCUGGGUUACCAGGUUUUACAUCUCACUGCAGCCAAAGUUCCCAGUCCAUAUGACCCCAUGACCCCUGUCUCAGCCACCCUGGAGCUUCUAUUGGUCGAAGAUGUGAAAGUUUCUCCUGACACAGUUACCAUAUACAAUCACCCUGAUGUUCGGGCAAAUUUGGCCCUGCGAGAAGGAUCAGGGUACUUUUUUGUCAAUACCAGUGUUAAAGGGGUAGCGAACGUGGAAUUCCAGGAGGCCCAAGGAACAGCUCAGGUCUCUCCAGUCUACCCAGGGGAGGUGAAGGUGAUGGUUCAUGACCUUUGUCUGGCAUUUCCAGCCCCUGCCAUGGCCACUGUACGAAUUUCUGACAUCCUGGAGGUUUAUGUGAGAGUGGUUGACAAGGUGGAGAUUGGCCAAUCUGUGAGAGCUUAUGUCAGAGUCUUGGAUGAUAAUAAGAGGCCCUUCCCAGCCAGCUAUUUUCAUUUCAUGAAUCUUAAACUCAAAGCAGCUUCUGCGAUCGUCUCUCUUAAACGAUUAGCUGAGUCCACAGAAACAGAUACCGCUGUUUUUGUGGUGAAAGGUGCUUCUAUUGGUCAGACCACUCUCUCAGGUGUUGUUGUGGAUAAACACGGGAAAAAGAUUUCAUCUGCACCUCAGCAAAUUGAGGUAUUUCCACCGUUCAAACUCAUCCCAAGGAAAAUGACUCUGUUAAUUGGAGCAAUGAUGCAGAUCACAUCUGAGGGGGGCCCUCAGCCUCAGUCCAAUAUCCUUUUCUCUAUUUCCAAGGAGGAAAUAGCUUCUGUUAAUGGCAUGGGCCACGUCAGAGGUGUUACCAUUGGUAAUGUCACUGUGACUGGACUGGUCCAAGCUGUUGAUGCUGAGACUGGGAAACUAGUUGUUGUGUCUCAGGAUCAAGUAGAAAUUGAGGUUGUGCAAUUGACGGGCAUUCGAAUCAGAGCACCUAUCACAAGAAUGAAGACAAAGGCACAGAUGCCUGUAUAUGUGAUGGGUCUGACCAAUAGUCAAACACCCUUCUCCUUUGGCAAUGCUGUACCUGGCCUCACCUUCACCUGGUCCACCACCAAGCGAGACAUUCUCGAUGUUCAGCAAAGACACACUGAGGCUAACAUGGAGAUCCAGUCAGAGCACAAUUUUGGCAUGAGGGUGACUGGAAAAACGAGAGGGCGGACAGGGCUGAAGGUGGUGCUCAGAGUUACUGACCCCAAGGCUGGGCAGCUAGUGGGAAAUCUGCUGGAGCUCACGGAUGAGAUCCAGAUCCAGGUCUAUGACAAGCUGCAUAUGCUUAAGCCAGAAGUAGAGGCUGGGGAGUUACUGAUGGCUCCGAACUCAGCUCUCAAACUGCAAACUAGCAGGGAUGGUGUAGGCGCACUCUCUUAUCGAAUGCUGGAUUGCCCUGACCAGGUCGUUGUUGCUCAAGUGGAUGAUAAGGGCUCCCUCUUCUCUGGCUCUCUUACGGGCAUCUCCUCUCUGCUGAUCACCUCCCAAGAGACCUUUGGUGUCAAUCAAACUCUCAUCCUUGCUUUGAAGGUAGUACCUGUGUCCUACGUGCGCUUCAGUACCAGUCCAGUUCUCUACAUGCACACCAGAGAGAGCCUUAAAGCCUUCCCUCUGGGCAUAGUGCUCACCUUCACUGUCAACUUUCAUGCCAGCUCUGGAGAAGCCCUACACAGCUCCAACUCCCACCUUAUGUUUUCCACAAACAGAGAUGACCUGGUGCAAGUCGGGAUUGGGCCUGGUAACCACACUCUGACAGUGAGGACCAUCAAUGUAGGCUUUACUCUUCUUGCGGUGUGGGACAGUGAAAACGUGGGCGUGGCGGACUAUGUCCCACUACCUGUCGAGCACGCCAUUCAUCCACAUGAAGCCCACAGACUGGUGGUGGGGGAUGUGGUCUGCUUCACUGCACAGUUAACCAGCCCGGAUGGUGUUCAUGGUACUUGGAGCUCCUCAGCUAAUGGUGUUCUUCAGGUGGACUCUAAAAGUGGUGCAGCAGUAGCCAGAGACUCUGGCACAGUUACUGUGUACUACGAGAUACCUGGUGUUUUGAAAACAUACAGAGAGGUGGUAGUAGAAGCAACUACAAAGACGGCUGCUAUAGCGCAGGCUACACCUGUCAGGAUCGCCAAGGAAACAAAGGUCCUACUCACUACCAGAGGGAAAGGAACCAACCUCAUUGGAACCUGUUCCUCUGCCCAGGCUGAAGCUGUUUCUCUGCUGCAGCCAGAAACCUCUGUCAGCUGUCAUCUCAGCUUCACCAGUGAUGCCAUUGACUUCUCUGCUAAUGAUGUCUUCAAAACACACACAAGCUUUGACUCCAGCAUUGGCUCCUACACUUGCUCCAUAACCUUGCAGCCGAUGACUGACCAACAGACGCGUGUGCUCAGCAUGUCCAUGACCGACCUGCUGGUGAAGGCAGGCCUGGAGGGCAGUGCCUUCUCUGGGGAACAAGUCAGCACCAGCCUGCCCAUAGAGCCAGGCCUCUAUUCUGACCAGACCGAGCUGCUUCUCUCAAACCUGCACCCAUCAGCGGAACUCACCGUCUACGGCCCCACUGCUUCCCUGUCCAACAUGGAGGUGGUGUCUUCUUCUCCCAACAUUGCCGUCCAAGAGAAUGAGGUUCACCAUGGUUUCCCUAGUUUCUCUAAGUACACCAUCAGCGCUGUGGACCCCCAGACAGCGGCCUCUGCUUCCAUUUCCAUAAGCAGCACCUCCUGCGGACAGAGUAUUGUCAUCCCAGUCACUUUAAUUCAAGUGGCUGAUCCCAACGCUGCCAAGCUAGCUGCUGCAUCUCCAGUUGUUAACAUGGAGGGGGGCCACUCUCUGCACAGCUUCAUAAACAGCUACCAGAUGAUGUUCUUCACCCUGUUCGCUCUGCUGGCCGGGACAGCCAUCAUCAUCAUUGUCCUCCACACUGUGUUCAGCCCAAGGGAGCAAGCUUAUCACCCUGCCUUCAUCCAGAGGACACCACCACCCAUUUCAGCUUUAGACUCUCCAGUAGGAAAUUCCUUUAACCGUACGAUACCGAGGUUGGACCCAAACAGCAGCCCCAGGUCGCGUCUCUAUUCUCCAGACUACAAGUCCUGAUGAAGCUCUCAGCCCGGUCUCUGUUCUUCAAAAGUAAAACACCAGGGGCCAUUAAUGCAAAGUGAAUGUGCCUCUGUCCCUCAGUAUGAACGCUGUGGGAUCUGACUGCAGAAUCAGUUUCUCUCCGUUGUAUUGAUAAUACGGUGGUACAGAUUCCUAAAAGAAACUUAAUUUUCAGAAUAGCAGAUCAGUUAAGAGCUGCUGCGAGAUAACAGGGCUAUUUUUCUUUUAGCUUUUUUGUGUGGAAACAGAUCUAUAUUUAUGUGUGUUUUUUGCCAUGGAAAUAUCUAUAUUCAAAACCACUGUUAUUAACUGACAUCUUUUGCAGAGUGCUUAAAAAAUGUAAUAGUUUUUGCUUUAUAUAAGGUUGCUUUUUGUGUUUGUUCACCUAUUAUUUGUGUGCUACUUAUUACAUCUGACAUGUGAAAUUCAGUAUCUCAGGAGGAACCUUAUUUUUGUAUGAAGCAAAGCGAACAUUGACUUGAACAUUUUUAUUUUUAUGAGCAGGAAACGUCCUUUGUUUUGUUGUCGCUAAUAGAUGUUGUGAAAAUGCCGUCCACUGAAACGUCCUCCUCUAUGGUAUUUGAAAUGUGCAUAAUCCUAACCAGAAAAAAAGUUUUAUUUCUGUACUGUGCAUUUAACUUCCUCAUUAUUCAACAUGGCAGCAUGCAGCUCCUGUGCAUUUCAUUAAUGUGAAACCAUUAAAGAUUGUGAAUUCAGUUUUUUUUUUUUUUUUUUUUUUUUAAAUCCCGGUGUUGCUUUAGCACCGAAAGAAUCAAAUGUGAUCCGGUCUCAUUUCUGAAUAUGUAAUGUUUCUGUUCCAGUUUGUUUUUACCCUCCACAUAUCCAGGAGCAGGUUAAUGUGGCACUGUCAAAGUGCAGAGACAUAACAGUGUGAGUUUGUUUUAAUUAAAUAAGAUAUUUUUGUAUUUGAAGAAGAAAAUGUUGACAAGGAAUCGUAUUUAUGUUGGCUAGUGAAACUCAGUGUUGUAAGAGGAGUAUAUGUGACGAUCCAAUGGCUUCUGUGCUGCUGUUGUCAUUCAUGCCUUAUAAUCAUAUCUGAACAGCUUUCAGCACAUAAUGCAGACACGUUUCUUUGCUUGUGUGAACAUGCUCUUGCCUUUUGAUAAUUAAAGUUUGUACUUUUUACGUUCA